UUGUGGAUAAAUUUACUGAAAUUUAGCAUGUUUUGUUGUCUAAAAGGAUGUUUAGAUACUUUAGGUUAUUCAAACAAUGUCCCCAUGCGAGUCAGGGAAAAUCCAGUGCGACUGGACACAUCACAUAUGGGUCACGAAGUGGUUAUUGUGAAAGGUGGCCGUAGAGUUUGUGGCUCAGGGGCUGCUUUAGCUAGUGCACCUUUAGUGCAAUCAAAAUCUUAUUUUGAAGUAAAAUUACAACAAGCUGGUUCUUGGUCAGUUGGAGUUGCUACAAGACAAGCUGAUUUGAAUCAUUCACAAGGUGGAAACGAUAAGGAAUCUUGGUGCCUGAAUUCAGAUUGUACCGUCCGGCACGAUAAUGUAGUUAUACACAGUCUACCCACGGACUCGGCCAAUCCUGAUCCACUCUCUUCAGGUCCCUUAUUGGGGUCAAAGGACCCUGGAGACCUUAUUUCGUCCGACGUAGCCAGUAGAACUCCCACUGAAGGAGACACUUUAGGGGUGUCUUAUGAUCACAUAGCACUUAACUUUUAUUUAAAUGGAAAGGAUCUCGAAAUACCCGUCAAUAACGUCAGGGGUACUGUGUAUCCCGUCUUGUAUGUUGAUGAAGGGGCUAUUUUAGACAUAAUACUGGAUGAUUUCACUCACACGCCGCCGCCCGGUUUUUCUAAAAUAAUGAUAGAGCAAUCUUUAUUAUAA